AUGAGACCAACACAAUCCCUCGCGAGCACGUACCGCAAGCUGCGGCUUACGACGAAGGACAUGAACAAGGGUUUCUACAAGGGCAACCGGACGGGUACAAUGGGCCGGCACACAAAGUACGGAGGCUACGUGAUCGACUGGAAGAAAGUGCGGACGUAUGUGGCUCCAUCGUUGGAAAACUUCAAGCUUACUCCCUUCGUGACGAAGAAGAUGACAAAGACUCACGGCAUAUACAACGGUGACGCGGUCGGCCCGAGGAACCCAGAGGAAUACCUGUCAAGGUGGAAGACCGAGAAUGGCCUUGAUUAAAGGGGGGGUAGGGAGUUGGGCGCGGGCUGCGUGGUACGAUAGCAUUGGGGCGCAAACCGCUCAGCGGUCGCAUUCAAAUGCAGGGACGAUAUGCCGUCUCAACAAGCAGAAAACUUGGGGGUAUAUUGGUUGGUUGUGAAACGACUGUGUGUAUAUCUACAUCUUGUA